AGGUCCGUGCGUUCAAAGAUCUCCCUAAAGCGGUUGGGGUUGGUGGAGAGGCAGAGAACUACAACUCCCAGAAGCCUCUGCGCCUCCCCACCAUCCUCAGGCCAGUUUCCGGCUGGGCUGGAAGUGCCGCCGUGCUCUUUGCGAAAGGGAGGCGGCUGCAGAUUACGAGGUCGCGUGGUGGAAGAAGGGUUCCCCUUGGAGUGCGGGCUUGAGUGGAUGCUUCCGAGCGUGAUCCUCCGAGCACCAUGCGGGAGGGAUUGCUGGGCUGGCCCGGAGCAGCUGCGAGGCCUGUCGGACACGCCUUGGUAAGGUCGAGCUGGAGAGAAACAGGAGGGCGCUAUGGAUUUGGUGGCAGGGAUGGAAGUUGGGGCUGAAAUAGAAGUGACCGAAGAUGGGUCUCUGGAUGAAUUGCCUCUGCACUUGGAAAAUGCCAAGAACUAUCUCUCUUGGGAAGCCCUGGACAUCUCCAGCAGUGACGACGACGGGGAGGCCUAUCUGACUUUCUACUUGCCCGUUCAGCGCCCACCCCGGCCUGCACAGCGUCUUCCAGCUCAGCGACUGCCAGCCUCUCCCUCUGCCAUCAAGUCGCCCGCUUGCGCGAAAUGGAUGCCUCCUCUGUACCCCUGCCCAUUGCGCCCAAGUCUUCCCAACACACCUGGAAUUCCAGCGUCCGGCGCUCAUCAGUGCCAGAAAUGCCUGCAGGUCUUCAUGGAGGAGUGGCACUACGCCCAGCACCUAAAGGACCAUGCUCAAGAGGAGGCGCAGAUGCCCGCGCCUCCCCUCCGACCCCGCUCCCCGCCCCGCAAGCUGCGCUGCUUGGAGUGCGGCAAGCGGUUCCUGCACCCAGAACACUUUGCCCGGCACACCAAGUGGCACCUGAAGCUGGUGCGCAAGGGCAUCAAGGUCUGCCACAGGAAAGGAAGCAGGCGCGCCUUCACCUCCUCGUCCUCCUCCUCCCAGCUCUCUUACGUUUACAAGCCUCUCAGGGCUGCCGAAAAGCAGCUAAGAGAGAAAGACAAAUCUGGCCUUCUGGUUACGCAGGAGAGUCCGAGGCAGACAAAGAGCCUCCAGGCGCCCCGACUCCAGAAGGCAAGCAAGCGGAAAGUUGCCAAGCACCAGAAAAGGCUGCCUGCUGCUGGGGCUUCGCAAGAGGAGAGCCUGCUCAGCCCCGCCCAUCCUGGCAAUUCCGUGGCCAUCCUGGACGGAGAUGUUGGCGUGACGCUGCUGCAGCCUUGGCAGAAGCAGGAGGCUAUCUUGGAAGGCCAGGUGGCAGGGGGCCUGUUCCAGCCGGCGGUCAUGAACGCUGACAACCAGAUCAUUUUCCUGGAUGGCGACGAGGCAGAGGCUGGGCCGGUCGCUACAGCACAUUAUGCCGAGGUGCAAGCUGCUAUAUUUGAUGGCCAGGGCAACGUGAGCGCCAUCAAGCCUUUUUUCUUUAGGGCCGAGGAGCAGGCAGCCAUCCUGGACACUCAAGUCAGCCUGAGCUCCCUGCAGCUCAGCGGAGUGAAGGACCAGGCUGCCGUCGCAUCUGGUUGGGUCUCCCAGAAUCCUUGUGCCUUUGUCAGGACGGUGUUGUUCCAGGCUGAGGAUCAGGCGGCUGUCGUGGAAGGCCAAGUGGAGUCCGGUCCCCUUCAACAGGUGAUCAUUAAGACAUCGGAAGUCCCACCCAUGCUGUACCUGGACCCAGACCCUCACCCUCACCUUUCUUCUCUGGAUUGGGCAACCCUUCACUUACUUCCUUUGCACCAAGAGCCUCAAUUUAUAACUGUCCCAUAUGGGAACUCUUUGACCUUGGACCCAGUGGGUGACGGGGACAGGAUUUCAGAGCCUCAGAUCGCAACCAUGCAGCUCUCAGAUUACCUGCCAAAUCUGUGUCAACAAAACAAACAGCCAUCUCCCACAGUGACCACUAGCCUUUCCCCCAAGGGUCCCUUGGUUGUCCGCCUGGCACCAAGUAUGCCUGGGGACCAUCCUGAGGUCUUAGACCUAGAGUAUGAUACAGGGGGUGGCAUUCCAGUGGCCUCUGAGCCGUGGGAGGCUAACACAAGGACCGGGCAGGAAGCCUACACCACCGAGGUGGCGGCAGAGGAUAACUUCAUUGUCAUGGAGGUAGAUCCUGACUCGGCGGGUCAAAGGUUGGCAGCGGGCCAGCCCUGCAGCAAUUCAGGCAGACAGACCUUCCAGAGAAUACGAAAGCCAACUAGGAAGAAAAAGACCACUUGGCGCUUCAGGUGCCCAGACUGCGGGGUGCGCUACAGUCGGAUGUCCCAACUCCGCUCCCACCAGAAAUGGCCAAAGCGGCGAGGGCGGGGCUUCCUGUGCGAAUGCGGGACUUCCUUCCGCGGCCUGCUUCACCUCCUCAGGCACCAGCUCCAGCACCUGGAGAAAGCUCUCUUUAUCUGUGCGGCCUGUGGGAAGUCCCUCAAGGGGCACAUGGGCCUAGCAAGGCACGGCUCCUGCUACCCUCGCCUGGCCCAUUUCAGCUGCCCUUGUGGAGCCAGCUUCCGGCGCUUGUCCCGGUACCUCUGGCAUCACGUGAGGAACCAGCGCCCCGGCCUUCGGGUUUACACACUGUCGGGCUUCCUCCCCUCAGGCUGAGCCAGACAGCCUUGCUCACAACCCUGGGGCAAUGAACAUCUGGAGAUGCUUUCCGGGAGCUCUGGCUCAGAGAGAUCACCAGCCUUGUAUCCAAAGGCCCCUUGCUGGUUUGCCUGGUGUGUCUGGGGACUAUCCCAAUGGUCUUAGAGCUGCAGGAUGGCUUGGAAGUUAGUACGUUCAUGGGGGGGUAAGGCCAUUUCCUUCUGGGGGAGCCUUUUCCAACACAGUUUACUGGUUGUAAAGCUUAACUGAUUUCUGUUGGGAUGUUUGGUUUUAUCCCCCCACCCAGUGUUAUUUUGACAAUGGCAAUUAAAACAGCGAAAAACCCCACAAAAA